CUGGCCGCGUUCGAAGAGCGUUUGUGCUUUUUGUUUGAAAAUUCUAAGAGUAUUAUUAGAUUGAAUUAGUGCUAUUUGUUUUAUUUCUGUCCUACAAAUCGUCGUCGCAGUAAUGUCGGAUCGAGAGAGGAGUCGUUCACGGACGCGCAACGGAUCACGUGAGGCGCCUCCGAAGCAGCCCGUGAUGUCGCGAGGUCACAGCCGAAGCCGGUCGCGGACGCCGCCCCCGCCAAAAGCUACGGGCAGGAAAUACCGCAGCCCGUCUCCCGGGAGAUCCCGGUCUCGCUCGGGAUCGCCGCGACGUGGGUACCGCUCGUCGCGCUACUCGCGUUCUCGUUCUCGCUCGUACUCACCGCGCGGCUCCUAUCGUCGCUCGCACUCCCACAGCCCUAUGUCGUCGCGUCGCCGGCACAUGGGCGAUCGGGUAUGUGAGGAGAACCCCAUGCCGUCUCGGUGCCUCGGCAUUUUCGGCCUCAGCCUGUACACAACCGAGCAGCAGAUCAACCACAUCUUCUCCAAGUACGGACCAGUUGAGAAGACUCAAGUCGUUAUUGAUGCUAAGACGGGAAGAUCCCGAGGCUUCUGCUUCGUGUACUUCGAGUCGCAGGACGAUGCGAAGGUGGCGAAGAACGAGUGCACGGGCAUGGAGAUCGACGGGAGGCGCAUCCGCGUCGACUUCUCCAUCACGCAGCGAGCUCAUACGCCGACUCCUGGCAUUUACAUGGGGAAACCGACGAGUGUAAGCCGAGACAACGGUUACGAUAGACGCCGAGAUCGAGAUUGUGCUUACGGCCCGCGCGGAAGGAAACCGGCGCGGGCGCAAGACGACUACUACUACCGCGGCGGCGGCGGCGGCGGCGGCGGAGGAUACAGGGACCGCGACUAUUACCACCGCAGCUACCGACACCGCUCGCCUUCGCCGCACUACCGCCGUCGGCGCUAUGAACGCGAGCGCUCCUACUCGCCGCGUCGUUAUUAGUAUUGAAACAAGAAGUAAAGGAUGAAGUUCCUUGAAACUAACUGUUGAAGUUUUGAAAAUGUUUGCUUGAAAAGUCCUUUCGAAAUGGCGGUCGCCGAAAACCCCGACCGGCAGGUGCCGUAAGAAAAUGUCGGUGGCGAAGCGAAGUUUUCGGAUUGUUGGCAAAUGUCGAAGCGAAAAGAAUAUGAUCGAGUUCCCGGUUAGGGAGGUUGAAGCCCAAGCUCGCAAGACCGUCGAAGAAAGAAGUCGCGCGUCUGAUCAUAUUCUUUAUCUUCCGACUCAACUUAUGGCCUCUACGGAGAGCCUGCCCUUCAAAUUUUCAUUAGUUUAUCGUGCAUACGGUUGUAGGCAUUAAGUAUCGUACAAACAAGGAUUACUGAAGGGGGUUCCAUUAGUGGAUGCCAUUACACAUCCAGUUCUUUAUCGACGUGAUAUAAUGCAUUUUACAAUUCACAGUAUCUAUUUUAUGUAUCGGUUAUGACUUAUGAGUGACUUCACGUUCCACAUCUAGUGUAGAUUGUGUUGUGAGAUAUUUGUUAAUAAACAAUAGUUUUAUAAUGUCAUUUGGGUCUUCUUCAUUUCAUCUUCAUCUGUCCCACCUGGAUAUCCAUCUUAUCCCCUUUGAUAUUGGUUUGACGGACAGAAAGUAUAUAUGACGUUGCUAAUUCUUACGUUGGAUGAUGUAUGUACAUCCAUAAGGUGGGCGGUGGGCAAAUUUUAAGAUUUAGCAGCGUUUUAGGUUUUAGUUUUGAAUGGUAUUUAUAGAACACAUGUUGCGUUGUUUGAUUUAUCUAUUUAUGCUUAUUUAUUCUAUUUCAUUGAUAGAAAUAUUAAUUUAAAUGAUUAAAUAUGUUGGCGUAUAUGUAGAUUAUGGAGACGUUUGGGUAAUCAUUCAUAGGCAUUUAAUUAACAAAAAUUCUCACUAUCAGGUUUUAUUAAAAUUCUUAACAAUAUGUAUGUACCUUAUACUUAUUUUAUAAAUAGAUACCACAUACAAAUACACUUCUUAUUGGCACUCCUUCCCAAAUGGCAAUCUACGAUACUUUAGUGGAAAAAAUUAUAUAAAAAUAAAUA